UCCGAGUGAAUUGUGUCAUUGCAUUCGCGUCUGUCGUUAUAAGAUUGCGAGUGAAUCGGUCCCUGAUUUAAUCGAUCAUGUCGAGUCAAAUGUCAGCCACCCUCGCGUGGACGCUCGUCCUUUUGACGAUGUCAAUCGACAUUGAUGCGUGGCCGUUUCGUCGUCGGGACGUCUUCGACAACGUCGUCGACGGUCCUGACGGAUUGAUCGUUCAUCUGCGAAAUUUCGGCAGUUCCCUUUACGGGUUCCCGAGCAACAAGACAGGAUUGAGGGUAGCAAAGUGGCAUAAGGAUAUGGACGUGAAUCCCGAGGAGUUGGGCGAGUAUGCGGAAGGAGACAUCCUGUUUCCGCCGAUCACCGGAAGAAGCGGCCUCGUUGCGGUCUCCGCUCGGUGGCCCAACGGCAUUAUUCCCUUCGUCAUCAGUCCUUAUUUCGAUGCACAGCAACAAAAAAUCAUAUACGAUGCGAUGGACGAUUAUCACAGGUACACGUGUAUAAGAUUCAAGCCAUAUACGGGCGAAGAAAAUGAUUACAUCAGAAUUACAGCCGGCAACAGCGGAUGCUGGAGCAGCGUGGGCAGAAUUGGCGGUCGUCAGGAUAUGAAUCUUCAGGUUCCCGGUUGUCUGACAAAAAAGGGCACCGUAAUACAUGAGCUAAUGCACGCUGUCGGUUUUUUGCACGAACACAGCAGAUAUGAUCGAGAUGGCUAUGUAAAUAUUCUGUGGCAGAAUAUUUCGCCGGGUCACACGUACAAUUUCAAUAAGGCCCCGGCGGAGGUUACUGACGCUUUUGGUGUCGGUUAUGAUUACAGUAGCGUGAUGCACUAUUCGUCGACAGCCUUCUCCAAGAAUAAUCAACUCAAAACCAUCGUGCCCAAAAGUUUACCAGACGGUGGCAUUUUGGAUCUUAUUGGCGGAAUCUUCCAGGGUAACACCAAAGAGAAACUCGGUCAGAGAGAAGGUUUCAGUAAGAAGGACAUUCUGAAGAUCCGGAGAAUGUAUAAAUGCGGUGAACGUGCUGGCUUUUAUGAUACUUUUGUCGAUGAUUAUUAUUGAUUGAACAUAUCUUUAAUAUAGAUUAUUUAAAAGGAAAGCUAAAACAUAGGUAUACAUUCAUUAGCAAGAAAUUUCUAAUUACAAAUAAUUAGGAAAUAAUAAGAAAAAAAAUAUGUAUAUAUCUAGUCUUACAUAUAAAAUGCAUGACUACGACUUUCUAAAAAGACAGAUAUUGACGAGUGUAUAUGUGCGUGUGAUCAGUAUUACUAUAUGUUAAUGUAAUAAUUAAUGCAGAUUAUAAUUUAUAAUAUUAGAAUGUAUCUACACUCUCUUUAAGACUUACAUAAUAUACAAUCUAUAUAACUAUAACACAAGUGCAUUAUCUGUGUGACAUAUUUUUAUCAAAAGUUUCCCAAUCCUAUUUUCUUUGUCGAUC